AUGGCGGACCCGACAAACACCCUCUCAACAGAAUCAGAAGUCCUAUCCGCCAACAACGACCUUCUUCUCAACGACGCCCUCUCCGCCGCACGCACCGCCUUCCCCCAAACCCCCGAAGACUUCGAGUCCGACUCGCGCGUCAGCUACUCGCAGCUCGAGCAAAAGUGGCUCCUCGAAGACGAUGACGGCUCGGAAUGGGAGUUCAACGAAUCUCUCGCAAAAUGGGUCCCUGCAACCGACGAAGCGCUGCUGGAGCAACAGCGCGCCGCGUACGCCGUCGCGGGAGUCAACGAGGCCGAGCCAGCCCAGAACCACCAAUCCAAGAAGCGCAAAAAACCAAACUACACUGGCGAUACGACUGAGGAUGCCGAGGCCAAUGGCUCUAAGAAGCGGUCCAAGUCCAACGACAACCCUAAACCCGAGCGCAAGAAUACGGCAGUCUACGUUACGAAUCUUCCGCCGGACGUGACAGUCGACGAGGUUAAAGAUGUAUUCAGCCGGUGCGGCGUCAUCGCCGAAGCGAUCGACACAGGUGGGGCGCGCAUAAAGUUGUACACGAAUGACUCCGGGGACUUCAAAGGCGAUGCGCUGGUGCUCUACUUCCGCCCAGAGUCAGUAAGCCUCGCGAUACAGAUGCUGGACGACACGCAGUUCCGGCUGGGGGAGGGGGGCAACAUGACUGUGCGGGAGGCGGACUUCAGCUACAAGAAGCAGCAGGAGCGGCCGGCGAAGAGCAAUGCCGCGGAGAAGAAGAAGAUUAUCAAGAAGACGCAGAAGCUGAAUAGCAAGCUGGCGGAUUGGGACGACGAUGAUCCGAGCGUGUUGCAGGAUACGAGCAGUCGAUUUGACAAGGUGGUGAUUUUGAAGCAUAUGUUUACGCUGGCGGAGUUGGAGGAGGACCCGGCAAGCAUACUCGACAUCAAAGAGGACAUCCGAGAGGAGUGCUCAAAGCUAGGCGAAGUGACGAACGUCGUCCUCUUCGACAAAGAGCCAGAAGGCGUAGCAAGCGUCCGCUUCGCCAACACCGUAGCCGCAGAAGCCUGCGUGCGGCUCAUGCACGGCCGCCAUUUCGCCGGCCAGCAGGUACAAGCCUACAUCGCCACCGGCAGCGAGCGCUUCAAGAAGACUUCCGAAAAGAAGCAGGACUUUGAUGACGAGGACGACGAAGGCGAUGGCACGGAAAGCCAGCGGCUGGAUGAGUUCGGCGAGUGGCUUGAGCGAGAGGGCAGGAACGGCGAGGGAAGGGGCGAGGGGGUCGCGGGGGAGAGGUUACCCGCUGCGGCGGGGGCUGGGGAGGCGCGGUAG